AUGUCGAGUCUUCCUGUUAUUUUAUGGCCAGUAGGCGUUAUCCUUCAACAGCAAUUUCGUGUUCUGUGUGACGCGUCGCCACCAGGUCGCCCGCUUCAAUGGCGCAAGAGCUAUUGCCUAUGGGCAGCUACCGCCUUGAUCAUCUUCCUCGCUUCUCUACUGGCGACAGCGCAGAAGCAGUCAGAAGCUAGUAAUGAAGGAGGCGAAACUCCAGAUGAGGCGAGCUCCAAGCGUCCCGCAAAGAAAUGGGAGGCGACGCCAUUAACAUUGCCCAUCAUUACCUUUCGCGGAACAGGCCCAGCGAGGCCCGUGACUAUCUAUGGCUAUCAAGGACUACCUACCGGUACUUCUCCCCAUCCACAGCCACGAAAAGGAAGACCCUCUGAGGCGCCGGUGGUGCCUCCACCUAAACGAGCAGAUGACGAAGAGGCUACUCCGGUAGAAGCGGUUGUGCCACCUGGCUCACUUGAAGCCAAGCCGCCAUCGCCUCCCACAGAGCAUCCACCAGCGGGAGCGGGCGACGAGGUAACACCGCAUGUCGAUGCCGAGCCCACACCAGCACCUGAAGCUGAGGAAGAACCGCCACACGAAGGCUCAACUACCCCGGAGGCCGAACUCAAGCCUUCUCACCCUGAUGAAGAUCACACACCCCAGCUAGAGGAGGGGGUCGAACCGCCAUCUUCUGAGGAGCAUCCUCCGAUGGUGGAGGCUCAAGUAGAUCCCGGUCCAGCCAAAGUUGGGCCCCCGCGUCCGCCGACUGCGGAGGAAAAUCCUCCGCUGGUGGAAGGAGCUGGCGCGGCGAGACUGGCCUCGGCGAGGGAACGACAGCAAUCAGGCCAUAACGAAGCUCUUCACCGGACGCUAACUGUUGUUGACCAGAUCAAAUCUGGUGCAGACUGUGUCGCACUCGUGACAGGGACAAAGUUUCUCGAGGUGUCUAACUACUUCCCCCACCAGGUUAAUAAGGCUCGCGAGGCUGCAUUUCUGUCGGGGGUAACACGGUUGUUCUUCCAAAAUCUCGAGGCUUUACUGGUGGAGAUCGAGGAAAAGAAAGCUCCAGCCAAGCACACAGGGAAUGCUGUCGCCAAAGCACGGAGUAUGCUCAAGGCAGAGUUCCAGAUUGGUGAUAGAGUUAAGGAGAUAGACAAGGCGAACAACAUUCAUUCCAGACCAUGUGUUGUCAAGGCCGUACAUGGAAAGCUAGUGAGUUGUGGAAACGGCACCGACGAAACGAGGGAACUGCAUACUGAAAGCAUCAUCAAGUCCGAAGAUUCAGCUACUGCAGCGGUGGCAGACUUGUGCCUCAAGGGUGAAUGGAGCAAGCUGGAGAAAACCGACCCCGUGCUUUACAGGGAGAUGACGGCAACCCUGAAAACCCGGGGCUGGGAUCGGGCUUUUGCGGAAGCAAAACAGUCGAAAAACUGGACAAUUCUCCUUCGCCACAUGGAAGAGUCUGAUAGUACAGGCUUGUUGGCCUUGGCGGACGCGUCACGAAUGAUUUUCAACGUUCCAGUGGUUGAUCUCGAACUGACCGCAAAGCCAAAGAAAGAUGCGUCUCUCCAGAAUAAUGCAUUUUCCAUCUCCGAACUUCUCAGCACGAUCGAGCGUAUGCAGGUCCUUUUGAAGACGGGUGCUCUACCCGGCUGCGCUGAGCUGUCAAUCCUAAAUGCCCUGGGCAGCGGUUUCGUCCUCUGGGCCCAUGUCGUCGGCCACGGGAGACGAGUUGCCGACAUGAAGGCCAAUGCGCGCACAAUUUUAGAAACGGAUGACGCGGGCUCUUCGUGCCUUGCCGCCUUGCAUCUCGCGUUCGGGCGGAAACCCACAGGAAGGUGUGCUGGGUUACGGAAGGAUACUGUGUCGAACCCGCCGAGAACAGUGGCGAACAAACCCGGAAAGGAAGUUGCUGAAUUCUUGAGUCAGAUAUGUACUACUGACGGUCAUCCAAAAGGAGGCUAUCCCACGGGAUACGUGACCAAAUGCGACAGAAAAUGUUUGACACGGGCACUCACUUGGGACGCUGGAGCAAGUCGGACAUCGCUGAAGCAGCAAGAUCACGUGAAUGGGGACGUCUUAAGGGCCGUACUGGCAUACGAGAAGAACACCCUCGUCCUAUUGGAUCAGCUGGCUUGGACGCUGGUAGGAUUUUCCAGAAGCCUCUUAGACAGUGAAGAGCACAGUUCGUCUUUUCAAGAAACCAUCGAGAUGGACAUCUGCGCAGCCGGCUGGUUUAAGCGGCGCCCACACGGCCAUGACAGUUUUGGGUUUGGCCUUCUCAAUGUCGAGCUCGUCGCCUCGUUUUUCGUCACACACUUUCGGGUUAGCCUCCUUGCUGCCGAGGCGGAUCUCAUGAAGGGCCGGCAAAGGCGAAAGCGAGACAAAACAUCACCAGCCGUCGCCACUCUCUUCAGAGGGCUUACAUGCGGCGGGGAUGGGUCCCCAACCGUUACAUCUAAGUUUCCUCUUGCGGCGUACGUUGGCCAAAUUGCCUUCUUCUUCCGUGUAUCAAUGGAGGAAUCAACAAAGGUCAAGUAUGGAGAUGUGAUCCGUGCCAUGGGUGGGGAGAGCUUCAACGAAAAGAAGUAUGACCGUGCCUCCAGUUGGAUGCAAGCAAAAGCUGCUGAGUACGUUCAACGCUUCAUGCCAGGUUAUGACUAUAAAGGACACAAAAUCCUCCAGGAGAAGCAGAAAAUCUUCUUCAUAAUGCACAAAUUGGCGAGCCUGCUUUCGAUUCUGUGGCUGCUGGGAAUCACGGAGCCAGGACCGGCAACUAGUGGUUCCAGCGCCAGACUUCUCUUCGUAUUUCUUCUUUACAGUCACGGAAGGCGCCCCGAUGAAUACUACAUAGAAAAGAUCCGAAGCGCCUGUGGAAAGCUGAAGGUGACGCCGCGUCGAGGGUUCCUUCUCUUGGAGGGGAAUCCGAAGAGACGUACCACCGUGAAGGAUAUCCUUAAGCCCAUGGCAACUGCAGUCAAGUAUGCGUUUAGUGAUACAGGCGACCUCCAGUACCUUGAUACCACAACAAAUAGCCUUGUGGAGGCAUGCAGACAGGUGAAAGAUGAAGAACUCGACUACCCAGCUAGGCAACAGCUGGUAAUUGAAUAUCAGUGCAUGAUUCUUCAAAAAUCAGCAGUUUCUUUCCUUUCCAAACUGUUCGGCUCGAAGCUGAAGAAACCCCCCGCUGAAGAAGCGGUUCGGAAAGCAUUUGAAUUCCUUGAAGGUAUCCAUGAGGUUCACACGAAGGACGAUAGUAACCGGCUGCUGCAAGAAUACAAGAAAUCGGAAGAUGCGAGGAAGCCCUGGAACAGCGAGGGGUUCCCAACCGUCGACUGUCGUUGGAAGCACGACAAGAGCCGUCAGCAACAAAUGAUCACCACUGCCACAGGCUAUGCAGCUGCGCGGGAGUACGAGGUGCCCGAGAAAAUACGAGAGGAAAUAUGUGCCGCCCACCCGCUACCUCCCCUUUCAAAGACCGAGAUUUCAUAUCCUCUGGCCACAGAUGUGGAUGUCAUGAGCGCGACGAUGGGAACGCUCGUGUAA